CCAAAAUAGGCUCUUGUUUAAGACUAUUUACCUUGCUCUACAUUUCUAGAACCUUGGCCAUGGAGAAAGGAGAAAGAGGAAGGGGAACAGCCCUUCUUUUCUCUCUCCAAUUCGACUCGAGAAGCAGAUAGCUAAAACCCAGCGGUCCUUUUGGCUUGAACUCCUUUUCCUCUUGAUUUGUGGCGUGGGAGGAGGAAGAUGCGAGAGUUGUUGGAGUUUCUUGUUUCGGAUUCUCUCCCCACUUAGAGGAUUAUCGUGUUCGUUUUCUCAUGGCCAAACGGGUGUAUCAAGUUUGGAAAGGGAGCAAUAGGUUCAUCUUUGAUGGGAGAUUGAUAUUUGGACCUGAUGCAUGGUCGCUAAUCAUUACCAUCUCACUAGUAGUUAUACCUGUUGUGAUAUUUUGUGUCUUUGUUGCAAGACAUCUUCUCCACAAGUUUCCUACUUAUAAUGCCGGAUAUGCUAUCUUGGUCGUUGCAAUAGCUUUUACCAUCUAUGUACUCGUGCUGCAAAUGCUUACUUCAGCUCGAGAUCCUGGCAUUAUUCCACGUGCAUCCCAUCCUCCAGAGGAAGAAUUCUCCUAUGAUGCUUCAAAUAGGAUUGAUUCCAGUGGAAGGCAUACACCAAGCCUACAGUUUCCUCGUACAAAAGAGGUGAUGGUUAAUGGCAUGCCUGUGAAGGUCAAAUACUGUGAUACCUGCAUGCUCUAUCGUCCACCACGUUGUUCACAUUGUUCAAUCUGCAAUAAUUGUGUGGAGCGAUUCGAUCAUCACUGCCCUUGGGUUGGGCAGUGCAUUGGUUUGAGAAACUACCGCUAUUUUUUCCUUUUUGUGUCCUCAUCAGCUCUUCUAUGCAUCUAUGUAUUUGCCAUGUGUGCAUUGUACAUUAAGUUUCUCAUGGAUGGAGACUACCCAACAGUAUGGAAGGCAAUGAAACACUCGCCGGCGUCAGUGGUUCUUAUGAUAUACUGCUUUGUUUCUUUGUGGUUUGUCGGUGGUCUUACUGGAUUUCAUUUGUACCUCAUUAGUACCAACCAGACCACAUAUGAGAAUUUCCGGUACAGAACUGACCGUAGACGCAAUGUGUAUGACCGGGGUUGCCUGAACAACUUCAUGGAGGUAUUCUGCACCAAAGUUAAGCCCUCGAGGAAUGACUUCCGUGCCUUCGUGCAAGAAGAGGCUCCGAAACCGAGUCCGAAUGCUCGUCCUGCAGAACCUGAUGAUGAUUUUGGAACCUACCAUCGUUCAAAAGUAGAAGAUGAUCUUGAUAUUGGUGGGGACCUGCUGAAGAUCUCCCAGCGGCGAAGCAUUCAGGAGUUUGACGAGGAGAUUGACCGUAGAAAUGAUAGUGGGAGGCCUGGAACCGCUUCUGAGUCAGAAGUUGUAUCCGAGUUGGAUAGGCAGGUCCCCUUCACUGGAACUGAGAUUCCCAUAACAAGAACUGAUGCCAGAAAUUCCAGCUGGGGUAGGAGAAGCAGCAACUGGGAUAUAUCACCUGAAAUCUUCACGAAGAACACUUCGGUUGCUGGAAGUGGCAGUUUGGUGACCGAAAAAGAGAGAUUAGUAGGGGAAAGAAAAUAACGAAUGGUGAACAGAACUGUGUUAUUAUCUAGAGUAAAGAAUGAAGAAUUCCAAAGCCAUCAUAGUUAGAUAAGUGCACCUAAUCUAUUGUUUCAUUUUAUUAUCCUUUUAUAACUGUCGAAUGAUUCUUUCUGUGAAUUACAAAAUGUGGAUCUCUCAGACAGUUGUGUAGCUUAUUAUUUUUGCCCCCCCCUAUGCAUUUUUUUAGUUGUUUACAGUUUGUUGUGUUGUAGUGAAUCAAAACCAUAUGUUGUAAAGAAUCUUCUUUUCCCUGCUAUUAGCCUUGCAUUUGAUGACA